AUGUCUGCGGGUAAUUUGGACCUUGCAGAGGGAAAUGCCCUGACUAAGUUGCAGCCUACAAAAGUGAACAACUUAAGCAUGAUGGACAAAAAACUGAAUCUCUUGAAUGAAAAGGUGGACAAAUUGUUGCAUUUCCAGGAAGACCUGACAGGCAAACUGCAACGAGUUAACAAAGGCAUUGAUGAUAUAGAAAAAGGCAUUAACAAGCUAACAGUAUCCCGAGCAGCUCCUGAUGAGACCGAUGCAAUGAAAAAAGUCCUAAAACUAUCGGACAGUACACACCAGACUGAUAUCCAGAGCAUAUGCUCAGAAGUAUUGAAAUUGAUGAAAAUUGUCCAGCUAGAUGCCUCGAAGCAUAAGGAAAGGCUGGCAAAGAUAGAGAAAAGGGUUGAUACGCUGGAUAAGGUUAUUACGUUCAUGGGAGAAAUAUUAAAAAAUUCGAAAGUAGUGGAUUUUAUUCUCAGAGGCAUUGUCCCCUGGAAGAAGGGGAGUCUGCUGGAAAUCCUUGUGGAGGCCAAAGAUAAACCUGAGGAGAGUGGUGCAAAACCUAAGCAUGUGCUUAGUAAUAGAGGAACCCAAACUGAAAGCAAGAAGCCUGUGGAAGAGACUAAAAGUGGGAAAAAACUGGAUGAAAACAAUGGAGCAGGUGAGAAGGUGAACACUUCUAGUGCUACGGCUCCCAAAGCUGACCCUAAACCCCAACUUAAAGAGAGAACAGCACAGCUGCAAGCAGUAGAAGGCACUGGCAAAACACAGAGCUCUAAGAUUUGUCAACAGCAAAAGGACGUUGAUGUCAAAGCUUUGAAUCAACACAAUGGCCUUCCUUUCGUGAAUCAAGAUCGCGCAGGGAACCAAAAUGCUCCUGCUAAAGCAAAUGAUAUAGAUAGAGUCCCACAUCUAGAAGAGCACCACAGGCAGCUUUUUCCUCAGAAACUCAGAGAGAACGUAACCAAACCUUCGCGGCUGAGCGCAGCCUCCCGGGAAGCUGUGCCCUCCACGUCCCGGGCUGUAUCUGACACAGGGUGCGAAGUGACACGUACCAGGAUAUCCAUCAGUGUACAUAUGACUGAAACGAAAGAACAGACUGAGGUGACCAAGGAAGGAAGCUUAAAUGAUCACAGAGGUAAAAGUCCUAAAGCAAAAUCUCCAUCCUCCACACCAGCAGAAGUAGAAGCAGUUAAACGGCUGCCUGACAAAUUAAAACUUAAACAGAGUCCUAAAAACACCAGUACUGAGCCAAAUCAAGAAGUGGAAGGGGACAGUAAGCAAAGCCAACCUGCAUCUCAAAUAGGGAAGCAACAGACAUUACUGAGCAAGUCUAAACCAGCUAAGAAGGCUGAAGAGAAAUCAGAAUUAAAAUGCAAGCCCAUAACCUCACAGAAUAGCUCUGCAAAGGAGUUGAAGGAAGAUCUGGGGGUAGAAGUGAAAAUCCAUCAAGAAACCGCCAAAGCAGAAGAAUCCCUGAAGGAUACCAACUCUGAGAGGAGAGAGUCUGAGUUUGCAUCUUCAGGAGGAAGUGAAAAUGAAGCAAGUGAGUGCACAGCAAUGGCACCGGAAAAGGCUGAACUAUUAGGAGCUAGCAAAGAGCUUCCUAAACAGGAUGAAAUGAUUAUUGAUGACAGCCCUUCUCCUCCUGCUCCUUUUGAACAUCGCGUAGUCAGUGUCAAGCAAACAGAGGUGACAACGUGCUACUCUAUAUGUCGUCAUGAAGUACUAGGGGGGGGGCGUUUUGGGCAAGUUCAUAAAUGCACAGAAAUAUCAACGGGUCUCAACCUGGCAGCCAAAAUCAUAAAAGUGAAAGGAGCAAAAGAAAGGGAGGAAGUAAAAAAUGAAAUUAACAUCAUGAACCAAUUAAAUCACGUGAAUCUGAUCCAGCUUUAUGAUGCUUUUGAAGGCAAAAAUAAUAUCACUUUGAUCAUGGAAUAUCUUGAUGGCGGUGAAUUAUUUGACCGGAUCACUGAUGAAAACUACAAUCUAACAGAGUUGGAUGCAGUCCUGUUUACCAGACAAAUUUGUGAAGGAGUCCACUACUUGCACCAGCAUUAUAUUCUCCAUUUAGAUCUGAAGCCUGAAAACAUAUUAUGUGUAAAUCACACAGGGAACCAGAUUAAAAUUAUAGACUUUGGAUUAGCAAGGAGGUACAAACCUUGUGAGAAACUGAAAGUUAAUUUUGGCACUCCUGAAUUCUUGGCUCCUGAAGUGGUGAACUAUGAUUUUGUUUCCUUCCCAACGGACAUGUGGAGUGUGGGUGUCAUCACAUACAUGCUGCUCAGUGGUCUGUCCCCAUUCCUGGGAGAAACUGAUGCAGAGACGAUGAAUUAUGUAGUCAAUUGCAGCUGGGAUUUUGAUGCAGAAGCAUUUGAACAGCUAUCAGAGGAAGCAAAAGACUUUAUUUCCAGACUGCUUGUGAAGGAGAAAAGCUGCCGGAUGAGCGCAACACAGUGUCUGAAGCAUGAGUGGUUAAACAAUCUGCCUGCCAAAGCCAAGAAGUCCAAGUGUCGCCUGAAGUCCCAGUUGCUGCUGCAGAGUUACAUGGCUCAGAGAAAAUGGAAGAAACAUUUUUAUGUGGUGGCUGCUGCUAACAGGCUGAAGAGAUUUCAGAGCAUGUCUGUCAAGCUUGCAUGAGUUUGUAUGAAUCAUCUACUGCUCUUGCACAUGGACAUCAAGCCAUGAAAGAAGGACUAUUUUUUUCAAUAAUUUCUAUCUCUUUCUUUUAUAAUAUAAGGUUUGGGAUCUGUUAUCCUCAAAUAUUAUGUGCAUUAGAGUACUUAAGUUCCAGAAGUGCCUCAGGGCAGAAGCAUAGAAAUAACUUCUAAAAGUAGAAGCUACCUAGCUUGUUUUUUACAAGUUUUUAGUUAUUGGGGAUAGUGAUACAAAAACAGGGCUGUUAGUGGGACUGACUUCUUGCUGAAGGCUUUGAUUCUACAGAAAAUUUUUGAUAUGUUUACACCAGAAAACACCUCAGCAGUUUUCUGAUUUCUCCCAUCAAACAUAGAAUCUCUGAAGACUUUUUCUUUCACUGCUAAUGUACUUUAUCAAUUUCAGAGCGCUGCCACAACAGUGGCACUUAUUUUUUCCCUGCAAGUAUGUUACUUAAAGCAAAAGAGAUCAGCUAUCCUAUUUUUCUGUAACUUUUCCAAAAAUUACAUUUUUUCCUCUAAAACAUGAUGAUAAUGCAGCACAACU